AUGCCGGCAAAGGAGCUGAACAAGCCAUGCAUGGAUUGCAAGAAUGCCGAAUUCGAGCUCAUUGUCCGCCAGAGGCAGCUUUGCAGUUCCUGCUUUAGGCGUUUCAUCGCACACAAAGUUCAGUCGCGCCUGAGUGUCUACAGGGCUUUUGGUCUUGACGGGCCUCGCAACCAGUUGCUUCUUCCUGUGUCUUUCGGCGUUUCCUCCUCGGUCUUGUUACACAUAUUAUACGCCGAUCGCCAGGCCCGCUUGAGCAAUGGGCGUCCUCUGGGCUACGACUUCCAUAUUCUCGUCAUUGAACCUUCAACUGUCGCGGCCACCGGUUCUCCCUUCGAUAAGAACUACAAAGCACUUCAAAAGAAUUUCCCAAUGCCAGCCAUCACUCGGAUACCGUUCUACAGUAUCUUUGACUAUGUCCCAGAGAUGCAAGAAAUCAUGAAGGAAUAUGGUGGACCGCAAUUCACAGAUGACAGCUCACGAUCAAAUGGAGAGCGGUUGGCUGCCUUCCGUGCAUCCAUAUCUACCGCCACCUCCAAAACGGAUAUCGAUACCAUUUUGCUGACAAGACUCGUCGCCGAAUUUGCGAAAAAGUCUGGAUGUGAAUCUGUGAUCUGGGGUGACUCAGACAGCCGUCUCGCUGCGAAAGCACUGGCAGGUGUCGCUAAGGGACGCGGAGCUUCCCUCACCUGGCAGGUAUCCGACGGCAUCUCCCCUUGGGGUGUGAGAUUCGAGUACCCGCUCCGUGAUCUGUUCAAGGCCGAGUUGCUUCAGUAUGAGAGUGUCUGUGCGGAGCUCUCCGACAUCAUCGUUCCUGAUCAACCGCCCUCUGAUAACGUCCUUACUAAAAACCUUUCAAUUGACGAGCUGAUGCUGCGGUAUGUUCAAAAUCAAGGCGCAAAGUAUCCAGGUGUCAUGGCGAACGUGGCCAGGACUGCAAACAAACUUAAUCCGUCUACUUCUGGCAGUGCACCGACGUGUGCUCUUUGCGCUGGUCUACUCGGAAAUGUCACAGGCAAUUCAGGGGUUACCGUUGCAAAUCAGGCAGAGGAUAACCACAGCUCCCAAUUCUGUUAUGGGUGUAUGCGGUCUCGGCCUGGGGAGCUUUGCUGA